UAUUUUUGUCUAUUCAGUUGAGAUACAUAACUUUUAUACGAAUGUCAUAUAGAAUAUAAGAGCAUUUUUCCGCAAGAGUAUAUUCAAAUCUUAGAGUAUAGAAGGGGGAAAUCUGAAAAGUUUUAACAUCAAAGUGACUUGGAUCUUCGAUUUAACGUUGAGGAGUGCCGAGCAAACGUUAUUUACGAGUUCCAUAUACGGUUAUUCACAAGAAAAUCGCGCUCGUUCAACAUGACCGAUAAAAAGUACGUGUUACGUCUGCCCAAGAAUUCCUUGAACUUAUCCGAGAUUUCUGAGGAAUAUUUUUCGCCGGUAUGCGAGGUCCCCGCAGCGAAUGAAUGUCUAUCUUCGCCGACCGAAUAUUUCUCGCCGAUUUGUGCGACUCCGCCAACAACGACGAAAAAAUUCUUGUACGAAACGCUUAACGAUAAUAUGUUUGAAACACCUAAAAAGAUAUUUGAGGAAAACGAGAACAACGAUUCGCCCAAUACGACAUUCGUCUCGGAAGUGAAUUUAUUAAUCCGACCGAAGUCGAAUUAUAAUAAUAACGUAAGUCCCGCAAUCGAAAAGAUCAUGCGGAUGAUGAAGAUAUCGGCUUCGUCGACACCUGAGAAAUCGCCGACACCAACCAGACGCGUUUCUUCGCCGAAUUAUUUCGGCAAAGCUAACGAAGAUCCUGCGAUCUACAUUGUUAAAAACGCUUGGAUGCGAGCUUUUCCAGCCCGAAAGCGCACGCUGUCAUUUCCCGAGUGGGUAGUCCCACUGAAGACGACGCUGACGAGAGAGAUUGAACCACCGGUGCCUCAGAUGGUGCAGGCACUUUCGAGAUAUCAAGAAUUUGUCGAUUCAAAUGAUGAAAAAAUCGUAGACUCGCCGCGUUACAAGGAAGUUAUCUACGUGUCCGAGGUGCACUUUUUGUUGAUGGCGUCCAAUAGGAAUCGCCGGAUGAGAUGGGCGGCUUUGCGCAGAUCGCGAAACGCUUCGCGAGACAGCGGUAUUAGCGAGGAAUCCGAUCAUUUUAUGGAAUCCGAUCGAGAAUAACUGGAUGGUGAAAGCUAUUAGAGAGAAUCGUUAAAUUCGCAAUUGGCAAUUGUUCGAUAACGUUAUCUUUUAAUUUCACUUUUAUUUUAUUUUUAUUUUUUUUUCUUGAAUUAAA